AUGUCAGCUUCAGUCCUGGGCAAACGUACCCGGAGUUCAACGAAUGCAUCAGACAGCGGCAUACAGACCAGGGCAAAGCGCCGCGAGACUCUGGUACUAGGGAACGACGAGAACGACAAUCCAUUCUUCAAGCCAAAUUCUUCCCCUGCAACACAACCAAAGCCCACACCCUCGAAACGCGUAGUAUCGUCACCGAAUAAGAUCAGUGCCCAUUUCUCGGUUUCCAAGACCACCAAAUCAUCCACUGUUACCAAGUCAAGUCCUCUGGCCACACCGCAAACACCACGACAUCGCGAUGCCCUAGCCUCAAAGGUCACAAUCACCCCAAGACAUCGCCAUCUUAUUACUAGCAGCCCGGAUACNCCCCGCAGUCCUUACACACCUUCAAGUGCCGCCAACAAUAUCUACAACCAAGCCCGUCAAAUCUUCUCAAGAUGUACCGAUCCCGGUGUGCUGGUCGGAAGAGAAGAAGAGAAGGAGCAGUUGUCUACAUUCAUAUCAGAGCGUCUGGACUCCAGCGAAGGCGGAUGUCUGUACAUCUCAGGACCCCCAGGAACCGGAAAGAGUGCUUUCGUUGGCCAGGUCUGUCAGGAUAUUGCUACGGACUCGGAUCGUAAAAUGACCAUCUCGACUGUCAACUGUAUGAGUAUCAAGACGGCCAAAGACCUCGCCAACACCUUGUCGAAAGAUCUGGACUUGAACGACUUAUCUGGACGCGCUGUGGACUUUGACUUCUUGCGGGCAAACUUCUUCGAACACGAGAAGAACCACGUCGUCAUCCUGGACGAGAUUGACCGCCUUGUCGAUCUGGACCUUAAACUAUUGUACAGCCUUUUCGAAUGGUCCAUGGAACCUUCUUCGAGUCUCAUUCUUAUCGGCAUUGCUAAUGCCCUCGAUUUGACUGACCGUUUUCUGCCUCGCCUCAAGUCACGCAAUCUCAAGCCGAAUCUGCUGCCAUUCAUGCCGUAUACCGCUCCUCAAAUUGCCAAUAUCAUCGCGUCAAAACUGAAGGGGCUGGAUUCUUCUCUGGCCGAUCCCAACUUUAUCCCAUUCCUACACCCUGCAGCCAUUCAGUUCUGCUCCAAGAAGGUUGCCUCUCAGACUGGUGACCUCAGAAAAGCCUUCGAUAUCUGUAGAAGAGCUGUCGACAUGAUCGAGUCAGAGACAAAGGUUGAACAAGCGCGCAUUCGUCUGCAAGCCAGCCCUUCUAAGACGCCGCUAAAGGAGAACCUGAACCUUGCAUCUCCUGCUGUUAAAUUGACAGCCUUUCAAAGGUCAGCUCUCAAGGAUCCCCGCCAGACUACCCUCUUUCCUUCAAUCAGCCAUUUGACGCUCGAGACUGCGCCGAGAGCGACCAUCGCUCAUGUCGCUAAAGUCACGGCUGCUGUGUUUAGCAACGGAGCAUCUCAACGUCUAGCAUCUCUAAAUCUGCAGCAGAAGGCUGUGCUAUGCGCCCUAUCGGCUCUCGAGAAGAAGAAACGCGAGGCUCCCAGCGUAGUCACAUUCCCAAUGACACCUUCCAAGCAUGCGAAUGCUGCGCCUACUGUCAAGCAGUUGUAUGAAGCCUACUGCACACUGUGCAAUCAAGAAAAUCUGCUGCACGCCCUCACUAGCAUCGAGUUCAGAGAUGUAGUCAGUGGCCUAGAGACAUUGUCACUGAUCUCUGCUGUUGAAGCCAAGGGCGCUUCAUCAUUCUCAAUGCCUCUGACGCCUUCCCGCACACCCAGCAGACGAUCAAAGUCUGGAUUCACUGGCGCAGCAAUGGGCGAUGAUAGAAGAAUGGCUGCUUGUGUUGGCCAUGCCGAGCUGGUCUCUGCUCUCAAGGGACCUGGCAGUGAUAUUCUCAAAGAGAUGAUCGAAGGUGAUGGCAUUGUUGCAUGA